CAUUUCCUUCCAUAUCAAAUAACCAUUAGAGAAAUUUUUUUUCUUUUAGAUUCAUUCGCAGUUUUUUCCUCUUCACCUGGCAAUAUGCAUGUGAAGCUAGUAACCGUUUUAUGCCUCGUAUUCGUCUCUUUGGCCUUAGUGGAAGGAAAGUCUAUUAACAAGGAGAAUGUUGAGAAUUCAGGGAAAAAUCUAAAAGGAGAACAAAAUAAUAUCAUGGUAGAGCUGCAAUCCGCAAAUGAAAAGAGCGACUCUGGAGAAGAGCAAAAAGUAAAGGAUCCUUGUGUAUGCAGAGGAAAACCUAAAAAGAAAUGUACUGAGGAGACGAAGAAAUCAAAAUGCCCUGAAAAAUGUAGCAGUUUGUGCGCCGAAAAUAAGGAAUGUGAACACAAAGACCAACCCAAGAAAUGUGAGCAAAAAGAUCAACCCAAAAAAUGUGAGCAAAAAGAUCAACCCAAAAAAUGUGACUGUAAGUCACAAGCAGAAAAAUGCAAAAGUGUUGCCGCAUCUGAAGGUGAGAAGAAAUGUAAAUGCAAGGGAGGAGAAGCCAAGGCAGGAAUUCCAAGACCAGCACCCCACGCCGUAGGAGGCGCCAUAAUACCAUUGUCUUCCAUAUCGCCUCAGCUUGGUAUCGGCAAAAAAGUCAAUUCCUCAAAGAAGUGCUGCUGCGGUGAUUGUUGUCACGAUUGUUGCUGCGAUUGCUGCCAUGACUGCUGCCAUGACUGCUGCUGUGACUGCUGCCACGACUGCUGCCACGAUUGUUGCUGUCACGAUUGUUGUCAUUGCUGUGAGCCAUGCUGCUGUUGCUGCCACUGUUGUGAGCCAUGCUGCUGCUGCCAUUGUUGUGAACCAUGUUGCUGUCACUGCUGCCACCACUGUUGCCACUGUUGUGAACCAUGUUGCUGUCACUGCUGCUGUAAGAAGUCCCAGGAGCAACUCAAUUCUGCUGCAUUGGCCGCUGCUGCCGCAGCAGCCGCCUCCCGCCCAAUCCACCAUUAACUCGAAAGUACCGUUACAAAACUUAAAGUCAUUAUUCUGAUUGUAAACCAUCGUUUUUCGUAUUCCCCUGCCUACAUUGCAUCUGAAGCCACAACAGAGAGCACAAGCUAAAUAAUGACCGCUGCCGGUGAAAUCGUACCAAAAUGGAAGUUAUAUGAUGGUAAAACGUCGGGGAAGCCAGGAGAUUGGUAAAGAAUUAGAUCAGAAAAUUAGUUUAAAAUUUGAAAAAAAAUGUUAUCUUCUAUCCGUUGAGGUGAUAGCUACACUAAAGGACAUUCUUAUAAGAGUCAGCUGAAUGAACUGUAUCGAGAAAAAAAGCCUGUAGCGAUUUUUCUACAUUAAGAUCACGUGAGCACGUCAGGAACGGUAAGAAACAUAUGGUUACAAUGGCAUAUGCAGCAUAAACAGUUCAGGAAGCGUCACUUAAGACACCUCUUCCGAUAUUCAGAGAAAUCAUUUUUCUUGAGAACAAUGAAUAAAAGUUAUUACAACGUUUUUUGAAUACGAUAAAUUUGACUCUGUUUCUAAAUUAGAUGUGUGCAUAGUGUGAGGAUAUUUUGUGGCAUGAUGUACGAGUGUUGAAAUGAAAUACGGAUUGAAAUAAAAUGGAUUGAUCAAUACC